UUUUGAGUCUAGAGAAACAAAAUAUGGACCUGUUCAGUCCAGUCCAGUCCAGUGCAUAUUUUGUACUCAUAUUAUGUCGACUAUUUUUAUCAGGUGAUCUAACAGCCAGGUGAUAAAGCUGGUGAGCGUUGUGGAUGGAUUUUUCACGCAGCCUCGUAAUUUGACACCAGACUUCAUAUUUUUUUCUGCACUAUGUGGGUGUCACAUAUCACUUAUGAAUGAUAUUCUCAGCUUUUCAUCCUUUACUAAACGCGAAUUCGCAGAUUCGCAAUUCGCAUUUAUAUUGCUCCAAAACAGGUUCACUGUAUUAAUCUCAGGCAGAUCCAGCGUGUACAAUUUCGAAUAUAAAUCGUCCGCUGAUUUAUGGCUGGUUAUUAACAUUACAAGCGAUUACUUUGGCACGACGCGCAAAAUGAGUCUGUUUGUGUCGUGGGUCGUUCUCGCAUGCAGUUUGUUAUCAAUAUCAAUAUCUUUUGGUCAAUGGAUAGAGUGGUCAGACUGGUCGACUUGCACGCAGAGGGAUUAUUGUCUUGAAGGUAUACGAGAGCGAUACCGCGACUGUGAAUCUGGCAAAAGUUGCGUCGGGAUUGAAGCUGAAUCUGAGAUGUGUCCGGAUACUUCAUGUACGAAUCGACCGCACAAGCCGGACAUAGCGUACGCUGAUUCACACUCGUUCAUCGCCGAGGAGUGCGUGACAACGAAGAAGUUCCUCGUGAAAGGAAAAUAUGGAAGUCUGAUGAAACACGAUAUACUUCGGAUGUUUCCCAAGGCGAAAUCUAUGUUAGAAAAUUGUUACUAUAACUUUAGAGUUACACCGAAGACUUUGCCGGGCGAGAAGAAUAUCUACAGGUAUUGUUUUGAGCCAAAGGAGAACACAAUCACGUUGGAGGAUCUUAAAAGUAUGAUCAAAAUGGGAUCAUUGAGAUAUAAAUUCGCCUCACUCCAGUGUCCAUUUCCUAGGGCAUCAGAACCGAGGUACGUCACAGGUUUUGGCCUGGGUUUUCAAGAAACUGGUCAAGCCUAUGGCGUAUACAUUCAGGUCAAAGCACAAAAAGGAUUCAAAACUGUCUACUAUAAACAUUUUUCAGGGACCUAUUCCGAUGCAUACCAUCUAAUAUGGUCCUAGGAUCAUACGCAUUAUAUGCACUGCGCUAUAUCAAGCUUAAAAAUGGAGUUGAAUCAGUAGAUGUUAGCGCGCAUAGAUACUCUAUUGGUCCAACUCGUUAUUUCUGAAAGUACCUCAUUUUUUGACGGGACGAAUUAUGUAAGUCGUCACCUAUUUUGUACAA